UCGAGUUAGUGGAAGGAACUGACAUUUGCAUUCCUGCCGUGUAUUUUUUGUCCCUGAAAUUGCAAUUAGUUUUCUCUGCAAUUUUAUGAGACAGCGCCUCAUUGGCGAAUCAAGAUGCGUGUGAAGGCUCUUUACGACUUCACAGGAGAACCAAAUACUUCGGAAUUAUCGAUCAAGGAGGGAGAGGUGCUCACGGUUACACGGACUGACGUUGGCGAAGGCUGGUGGGAAGGAUGUAACACCAAUGGUCGCACGGGUUUGUUCCCAGCAGCUUAUGUAGAACGUGUAGCAGAUGAACCUCAAGCAGCUGCAGCACCUGUUGCAGCACCCAUUGCUGCGAAAUCGGCACAGCAGUAUCCGGCACUUCCGCGCUACGAUCAGACACCGGACGACUGGAAUGAACAACAGGACGACUGGGAGGAUGAUUGGGAUGACGAUCAGGAUACUUAUUCGGAAAUUGGACCUGGUACGGGGCAUCAUAGUCAACCGGCUGUAGCUGCACCCUUCAAUAGAGCUGCUGCCCUGCCACCACGGCCGGCAGAUGAUGCAAUCUCCGUAACAUCAGCCAGUGCACCCGUUAAGAGUCGCUCAAAAAUGUUCUCCAAGUCCAGUGAUUCCUACAUAAUGGGCAUAACGCAGGUUUCUGUGCCGGAGAAUGAGAAGGUGUCAAUUCUUCCUGUUGAUCAUGGAUUUAUGUGGCGACACAUGAAGGAGGCCUACACCGUUACAGUUGCAUCUCCGAAGAAGGAGACAAAAUUUAAGGGUAUGAAAAGCUUCAUUGCCUACCAAUUGACGCCAAGCUUCAACAACAUCUCCGUCUCGAGACGAUAUAAGCACUUUGAUUGGCUCCACGGACGUCUCGUGGAGAAAUUCUCAUUGAUUCCCAUUCCACCGCUACCGGAUAAGCAAAUUUCGGGGCGCUAUGAGGAGCAAUUUAUUGAACACAGGCGGGUCCAGCUUCAGGAGUUUGUGGAUUGGAUGUGUCGACACCCUGUAUUAUCAUCGUGUGAAGUAUGGAUGCACUUUUUAACGUGUACAGAUGAGAAAAAGUGGAAGAUUGGCAAGAGAACAGCGGAGAAGGAUCCACUCGUUGGGGCGGUUUACUGUGCAGCCAUUGUGGCACCUGAGAAGCAACUUCUGCAGAGUCAGGUGGACAUGCAAGUGGAUACGUGUGGAAAUUUUGUUCAUCAAAUGGAUUCAGCAGUAAAGACGUUGUCCAUCAUUGCGACGGAGCAAACAAAGAAGUAUCAAAUGCAGUGGAAAAAGGAUUAUCAGCGAAUCGGCGAGGGUUUGUCGGAGCUGGCGCGUUCCCUGGAAGUGGAUGAGCGUCGUGCUUCGACAAGCACAUGUCUCUCAAAUUCCGUAGGCCUCACAGCUGGUGUGUAUAUUGGCAUCGGACAACUGUUUGGAGAUCAAGCGAAGCACGACUGGAUUCCACUGUCGGAUCGCUUACACAUCUACAAGGGCGUCUUGGGGGCAUUUCCGGACAUUCUGUCGGAGCACAAAAAUGCCAUGGCAAAGAAGCGAGACUGUGAAAAGCUCACGGGGGACCAAAAGAUGAGUAAUGCCCAAUUACAGGAGGUCAAUCGACGUACGGAUGUAAUGUCGUACGCAUUAAUGGCGGAAUUGUCGCACUUCCGCACGGAACGUGAUGAGCAUCUGAAGGGAACUCUCAGGGAGUUUAUUGAUGCCCAAAUUGCCUUCUAUCAGACCAUUGUGUCACGUCUACAGGCCGCCAAGCAGUUUUUCGAGUGAGACAAAUUCUCCCAUCUCCAUUCACAGUGCAUUUAGCCUUACAUACAAUGUGGAUCAAAGAACUCGAAUGAUCCUCCAUGUUGGCGGAACAUCCUUCUUUCUGUUUCCGGACACAACAAGGUAGAGUGAGAGUUUAUUUUUAUACUAUCGCGGCAUACCCUUUAUAUUUUUUGAACCAAAAUCAUCCUCAAGAAACCCCAAAAUUUAACUUUAUUUAAAAAAUUUACAAUAUAAAAAUUUAUUUUGAAAGAGAAAAAAAAUUGUAUAAAAAAACUUUAAUCAUUUUACAAGACAAAUUGUAUUUAUAUAUUAUUUUUUUGCAAAUAUAUAUAAAAAAUCACUUCUUUUUAAAGAUGAAAAAUAUUUUUUCGGGUAAAAUAAACAGAUAUUAAUGACAGGUAUUUGAAAAAGAAUAUAUAUUGUGGAAAAAUUCCAUGGAAAUCUUUUUUCCUCUUUUGUACAUUUAGAAAAUAUUUUGCAAUAAAAUGUUUACCAACUUGCAAAAUUC